AUUUUGCUAAUUCCACCGCUUCUCCCAGAGUUACUGAGGCACUGUGCUGAUGAGGAGGGCUUCGAUGCUGUCACUCUGGAUGAGGCAGGCACCAUGCUCUUCUUUAAAGGGCCUUCAGUCUGGAAGGGGUUCUUGGGCGAUGCCGAGGCCAUCGAGACUUCCUGGCCCGAGUUCCGAGGACCUGUUGACGCCGCCCUUCGGAUCCACUACCAUGACCACCCAGGCCGCCUUCAUGACCACGUUUUGCUCUUCAAGGGCGAUCGAGUCUGGGCGUACGGCAACGGCAGGCUGCAGCUCGGCUACCCCAAGGCGAUCAAGGAAGACUUCCCCGGCGUCCCGGCCGACCUGGACGCGGCAGUGGAGUGCCACCCAAAGGAAUGCCCAUCUGAGAUGGUCCUCUUCUUCAAGGGCCCGAUGGUUUUCGCCCACGACCUGCGGACGAAGGCGCUGACGCACCGCGUGUGGCCGGCCGUCUCCUGGUGCUCGGCGGCCGUGCGCUGGCUGGAGCGCUACUACUGCUUCCAAGGCAUCCGCUUCCUGCGCUUCGAUCCGCUGCGGGGCGACGUGGGGGCCCACUACCCGCGGGACGCCCGAGACUACUUCAUGCGCUGCCCUGGGAGAGGCCACGGGAAGGAGACGUGGAAGAACGCCACGCUCUGGGCCAUCACCGAUGCCUGCAGCGGGCGCCCUUUCCAGGCGUUCUCCUCCGACGACUCUGGGCGGACAUAUGCCUUUCGCGGCGGUCAGUACUUCCGUGUCGACUCCGCGCGGGACGGCCUGCACGCCUGGCUUCUGAACCACACCUGGCCGGAGCUGCAGGGGCAGGUGGAUGCGGCAUUCAGCUGGGCGGACAAGCUCUACCUAAUCCAGGGCUCCCAGGUCACGAUCUAUAGGUCCGCCCAUGGCUACAGCCGCCUGGAGGGCUAUCCCCGGCCCCUGUUGGAGGAGCUGGGUGUGUCCCGAGCAGACGCUGCCUUCACUUGCCCUCACUCCUGGAAGCUGUACAUCAUCCAAGGAAACCACCUCCAGCAGAUUGACCUGCAGCAGAGUCCCCGCCACCCAGGACCAACCCGGCUCCUUCCUCAUCCUCACGUGGACGGCGCCAUAUGUACCUCUGAGGGGGUGUUUCUGUUCAUCGGAGCGGAGUUCCACCAGUACAGGGACGUGGCCCAGCUCAGCGCUGCCACCGUCCCCCCACCAGCCCAGAGCACCACGGCUAUCUUCUUCCGCUGCUCUCCGCCCGGGGCUCCCCAGCGGCCUCCUCCCCAAGGAGGGCAUCUCCCCCAAGACAACCCACAAUAAACCUCUGGCCUCUG